UCAGUUUGACACAUCCUUGUUACCUAACCUAUAAUUCUAUUGCACAAUAAUUAAAUAAUCGCAAUUUAUAAAAUUAAGAAUGGCUUACGACUUAAAAAAGGAAGAGGACGUUAAAGAUUAUCUAGAAAAUCUGGGGAUUGAAUAUCGUUUCGGUUGUUACAAAGAAAAAAAGCCAGAAGUAUGCCACCUUUUAGGUGAUUACUUAGAGGCGAUUAAAAAGGAUUAUUCCAAGGCGGCUAGAGUGUACAAAAGUAAUUGUUUGGACUAUAAACACGGUAAAUCAUGCUUGAAAUAUGGAAACUAUGCUCUGAUCGGACGAGGCCGGGAAAAGGAGGAACCUGUAGAAGCCCUAGAUUACUUUGAAAAAGGUUGCGAUCUGAACGACCCUAUUUCAUGUUUGCACGCGGGUAUUCUUCUAACGGCUACUGGCCCUCAGGCCAAAGUACAGAGAGAUGUACCAAAAGGAUACAAUUAUUUAAAGAAAAGCUGUGACCACAAAGAUGCAAUGGCAUGCCAUUAUUUGUCGGGAAUGUACUUGGCCGGAGUUCCGAGAAAUGUGCAUGAGUAUAACCCUCAUAAUCCAGAAAAGAAUAAAAACAUUGACUACCUAAUAAAGCCUGACAUGAAGCAAGCCUUUGAAUUUGCAAAGAAGGGUUGCGAGCUGGGAAACAUGUUUGCGUGUGCAAAUGUCAGCAUUAUGUACAAAAAAGGGGACGGUGUGGAGAAAAACCAACAGGAAUCUAAAAGAUACUUUGAAAUCGCACAAAACCUGCAAAAAGCUCAGGAUCUUACAAAGGAAGUAAAAUUCCAACAAGGCCUCGACAAUAAAAAAUGAAAAUGUACCUACAUGAAGACUAGUUUAGUGUAUUUAUUAUUGCAUUUUAAUUAUGAAACCUAAGAUGUUGAAUUAGUUUAAGGCCCAAAUAAAGCUGUUAACUACUA